GUGAUUUCGCGUUUUCACCAUCGUACUAUCGACUAUCACGUUUCAGAUCAACACAUUCAUAGGCAAUGGCCCUAACGGCAUUCCGUAAACUGCAGGCAUUUAAAAGCACACUACUACAACCUAUAAGACUGCACAGGUAUUUUCCAAAUGACGUCACGUACCAUAAUAAAACAAUGCGUGCGCAUGGGUGCACAUGAGAAAAUCCCACACAGUUCAAUCAGUUGUGUGUAAGCGUGUGGUUAGAAAACAACCUGAUGGAUUUGUACAAUGAUAUUGGAUAUAUUUUGUUUAUUAUUCCUUCCACUGUUGGAUUAUAAUGAGCAGUGAUAGCAUCGUUGAAAAUUGGCUUAAAUCUUUGGAUUUAGCGAAAUACACGCAGCAAUUUCUAGACAAUGGUUACGAUGAUUUAGAAAUUUGUAAACAAGUCGGGGAUCCGGAUUUGGAUGCCAUUGGAGUGGAAUCAAGCGAUGACAGGUUGCGGUUACUGGAUGCUGUUAAAACUUUGAAGGAAAAGGGAGGUACGGCCGUGUAUCUCACGUUGGAAGAUGAUGACCAAGAUAUCCCUAAACAAACCCCAGUUCGACCCACAUUAGAUAACUUGGUAACGGAUGUCCCUCCUCCUUCACCUAGUCCAGCGCAGGGCACGGGCAAUGAACAAGCCGGUCAGUUUCAAGGACCGAGUGACAUCGUCGUUUACCCAAAAUUACAGCUCACUUUAGUGUUGAGAGACAAAUUACAAGAUGAUAGGAUUGAUUUGGCCAGUCCGCCAUACACAGCACAGAACUUGGCACCCUGUUGGAGCAGUCUGACAGCGCUUGCAAUCAAGUAUGCGAGUGAACUUUGUACAUGUGUUGAAGAUGUUCUCGAUAGACUAGAAGAUCUAAGAUGGUGGCAGAUCACGGAGGACACUGUCUCCAUAUAUACGCCUCCAUCAAUGACAUCAUCUACAAUGGAGGAUCCCUACUACCCUUCCCUAUACUCGUGCUCCCCUAGAGGCGGACCACCACCUAUACCGUCUGUGCCACCGCCCGAAGGAAGUCAUAUUGAUGGAUACGGGCAGUUACAAAGUAUUCAUACAAGAUACGCAGACAGUCCAAGCCAUGCAAACUAUGUUGCCUUGGAUACAGGCAUGUGCUGUGUAUUUCCAAGGAAAAUUGUCAAAGGUGAAUCUGAACCUAUUACAGAGAAGAAGAAAACCUCGACUUUAGGGAGACUGUUCAGAAACAUGGGCUUUCGUAGAUCAAGUAGAAAACACAGCUACAAGAAACACCAAGGUGAUCUUUUGGCACAUGAGAUCACAAUGGGUGACAAUGACAGGAUAGCCCUCAUGCAGAUGGUGAAGGAAGGAAAAAUAUCCACAGAAACUGCUUUACAAGUUGUGAAGAAGUUUGAGGAAGAGAGGAAGAAAGAUGAGCCCCCUCAUUCUACAGAACACGGGAAAGAGAAAGAGAAGAAGAGUACAGGGAAGACAAAGAAAUCCAGCUCCUUGAAAUCUACCAAGUCCCCUUCUAUAUACUCAGAAUCUCAAUGUGAUGUGUGCAAUAACCUGUCGGUGAAUAACUACCCGUCUACCUUCACCGGAGGCCAUCAGUGUCUCGACUUCCAGGACCAAGGUUGUCGCCACAGACGUGUUCACAGUGUUAGUCAUAUCGCUUACCCCGAACAUCUUCGUUCACCUGGGACUGCUCGUGCAAUGUCAUGCUCACCAAUGAGAUCACACUCUACUCAAAACUCUGCCGUCAAUUCACCCGUAGGUUACGGUUCAGUGAAUCAGGCGGCAAAAAUUUACACCCCAGUAAUACCUCAUGAACUAAAAAUGUACUCGGGAUCAAGAGGAUUGUACGGCGUGCAUGGUAUAGACAUGAUACGAGAUAGACUCAAUGUGAUAAAAACGUCCACCUGUGUUCAUAAGACUCAAUCAAAGGCUUCGCUAAUCUCAUCGGAGUCCGAUCAUUCGAUGGAGUGUUUGUCACAUCUUGGUAACCAAGGAGAACAGCAGACUGAAGAAAUGUACUUCCCUAGCAACAAUUCCACGGUUUCUGUCGGUUCAGAUACAUUGCCAGCAAUGAAUGGCAGACGGAAGUGCGGGAAUGCAAUGGAGAAAAUACGUAAUCAUAAA